AUGACCAACGAAACUGUGUCCGCCAAUGAGUCCAUGUCUAAUAAUUCCAUGUCCGCCAACGAAGGGCCCUGUCCCACUGAAGCCGUGUCCGCCAACGAAGGGCCCUGUCCCACUGAAGCCGUGUCCGCCAACGAAGGGCCCUGUCCCACUGAAGCCGUGUCCGCCAACGAAGGGCCCUGUCCCACUGAAGCCGUGUCCGCUAACGAAGGGUCCUGUCCCACUGAAGCCGUGUCCGCCAACGAAGGGUCCUGUCCCACUGAAGCCGUGUCCGCCAACAAAGGGCCCUGUCCCACUGAAGCCGUGUCCGCUAACGAAGGGUCCUGUCCCACUGAAGCCGUGUCCGCCAACGAAGGGUCCUGUCCCACUGAAGCCGUGUCCGCCAACGAAGGGUCCUGUCCCACUGAAGCCGUGUCCGCUAACAAAGGGACCAGCAUGACCAGCACCGUGUCCAAAACGAUGUCAAACCAAAGGUCCAUGACCAUUGCUGUAAUCGUAGUUGUUGUAGCUGUUACGUGCAUCGCUGGAGCUGUUUUGUGA